UAGACUGGCAUGUGCACACAGUGAAGCCUAGAGUUAUAUCUGAGUAUUAAGAGUGGAGUAUCGGUGAGGACAGGAGACUGAAGAGAAGUGCUAACAGAGAGGGAGGAAGAGUCACAUAAUGGAGGGUCAGCCAUCCUGCUGUGCUGCGUGUCAGGGCGUCCUGAAGGAUCCAGUCUCUACCAGCUGUGGACACUGGUUCUGCAGAGAGUGCAUCACCUCAUACUGGGACCAGUCUGGUUCACCAGGAGACUCCUCCUGUCCCCAGUGUGGAAAAAGAUCCAGGAGAGGACAUGAACUGGAGACGGCUGGUGAGACCAGUGCCGAACAAAUGAGAGGUGGUCUUCAGGAGGUUUUAGAUGAACAUAAGAUCAGUCUGAGGAGGAGAUGUGAACAUGUUACUGAAGGAACUGAUGAGGCAGGAAGUAGAACUCUCCUCAACAGGAUCUACACUGAGCUCUACAUCACAGAGGGACAGAGUGAAGAGGUGAACAGCCAGCAUGAGGUCAGACAGCUUGAGACAGCUUCCAAGAGGGAGAUUAUCCAUGAAACACCAAUCAAGUACCAUGAGAUCUUUAAAGCCCUCCCUGACCAACAGAAACCCAUCAGAGUGGUUCUGACUAACGGUGUCGCUGGUGUUGGAAAAACCUUCACGGUGCAGAAGUUUACUCUGGACUGGGCAGAGGGCUCAGAAAACCAGGACAUCAGUCUGCUGGUUCUGCUUUCAUUCAGAGAGCUGAACUUGAUCAGAGAUGAGUGCUACAGUCUUCUGGAGCUGCUCCAUGUUUUCCAUCCAACAUUACAGAAGGUCAGAGCUGAGACGCUGGCUGUCUGUAAACUUUUGUUCAUCUUUGACGGCCUGGAUGAAAGCAGACUGUCGUUGGAUUUCAACAUCAGUGAGGCUGUGUCUGAUGUGUCAGAGAAGUCAUCGUUAAACGUACUGCUGACAAACCUCAUCAAGGGGAAUCUGCUUCCCUCAGCUCUCAUUUGGAUAACAUCUCGACCUGCAGCAGCCAAUCAAAUCCCUCCUUCAUGUGUGGACAGGGUAACAGAGGUCAGAGGCUUCACUGACGCUCAGAAGGAGGAGUACUUCAGGAAGAGGUUCAGUGAUGAAGAUUUGUCCAGUAGAAUCAUCUCCCACAUCAAGACAUCCAGGAGCCUCCACAUCAUGUGUCUGAUCCCAGUCUUCUGCUGGAUCACUGCUACAGUUCUGGAGCACAUGAUGAGCAUGGAGCAGAGAGGAGAGCUGCCCAAGACCCUGACAAACAUGUACUCACACUUCCUGUUGGUUCAGACCAAGAGGAAGAGGCAGAAGUAUGAUGGGGGACAUGAGACCAGUCCACAGGAGCUGAUGGAGGCUGAAAGAGAAGUUCUCCUGAAGCUGGGGAGGCUGGCAUUUGAACAUCUGGAGAACGGAAACAUCAUGUUCUAUGAAGAAGACCUGGAGCGCUGCGGUCUGGAUGUCACAGCAGCCUUGGUGUACUCAGGAGUUUGCACAGAGAUCUUUAAAAGAGAGAGUGUGAUCUUCCAGAAAACAGUCUACUGCUUUGUUCAUCUGAGCGUUCAGGAGUUUCUGGCUGCAUUCUACAUGCUCCACUGUUUCACCAACAGGAACACAACAGUACUGGAGGAUUUCCUGGAGACAGGAAACAGUGAAAAUGAUGACUGGAGUUCUGGUGAUGAUUAUAAUGAUGAAACAGAUGACAGUGACACUGAAAGUGAUGACACUGACUCUCGUUUGGUAGACUUCCUGCAUAAAGCCAUGAAAAUAUCUCUUCAAAGUAAAAAUGGCCACCUGGACCUGUUUGUUCGUUUUCUUCAUGGACUGUGUGUGGAGUCAAACCAGAGACUCUUAGGAGGUCUGCUCGGUCAGAUUGUCAACAGUCCAGCAAUGAUCCAAAGAAUCAUUGACAACCUGAAGGAGAUGAACAGGUUUGGUAUCUCUCCUGACAGAAGCAUCAACAUCUUCCACUGUCUGAUGGAAAUGAAUGAUCUCUCAGUAUAUCAGGAGAUCCAAGAGUUCCUGAAGUCAGAAGACAGGUCAGAGCUAGAACUCUCUGAGAUCCAGUGCUCUGCUCUGGCCUACAUGCUGCAGAUGUCAGAGGAGGUUCUAGAUGAGUUGGACCUGGAGAAGUACAACACAACAGAGGAGGGAAAACUGAGACUGAUUCCAGCUGUGAGGAACUGCAGGAAGGCUAAAAUUACUGUCCAGAAUUUCUCAGAGGCUCACUGUGAAAUCAUAGCCUCAGCUCUGAAGAGUAACCCCUCACAUCUGAGAGAGUUGAACCUGGAGUACAUCAGCACCGAUUCAGAGAUGAAGCUCCUGUGGUCUGGCCUGGAGAGUCCAAACUGUCAACUGGAGAUUCUGAGAUUGAGUAGAUGCAGUUUGUCAGAGAUCAACUGUUCUUCUCUGGCCUCAGCUCUGAUGACUAACCCCUCACAUCUGAGAGAGCUGGACCUGAGCUACAACCUUCUCCAGGAUUCAGGAGUGUAUUUUCUGUGUGAUUACCUGCAGAGUCCAAACUGCAAACUGGAGACUCUGAGAUUGAGUAGAUGCAGUUUGUCAGAGAUCAGCUGUUCUUCUCUGGCCUCAGCUCUGACGACUAACCCCUCACAUCUGAGAGAGCUGGACCUGAGCUUCAACGAGCUCCAGGAUUCAGGAGUGAAGUUUCUGUGUGAUUACCUGCAGAGUCCAAACUGCAAACUGGAGACUCUGAGAUUGAGUAGAUGCAGUUUGUCAGAGAUCAGCUGUUCUUCUCUGGCCUCAGCUCUGACGACUGACCCCUCACAUCUGAGAGAGCUGGACCUGAGUGACAAUCAUCUCCAGGAUUCAGGAGUGAAUUUUCUGUGUGAUUACCUGCAGAGUCCAAACUGCAAACUGGAGACUCUGAGAUUGAGUGGAUGCAGUUUGUCAGAGUACAGCUGUUUUUUUCUGGCCUCAAUUCUGAAGACUAACCUCUCACAUCUGAGAGAGCUGGACCUGAGCUUCAACAAGCUCCAGGAUUCAGGAGAGAAGUGUCUGAGUGACCUUGUGGAGAGUCCAUACUGCAGACUUGAGUCUCUGAGCUUUUGGGAUGAUGACGAUAAAGUGAUCAGAGCUGAUGAUGAGAUAAAAUCUCUGAAGGCCCAACACUUCUCACUGUCAGAAGACUUCAAUGUCCAAAAGGAUGAGAAGGAAAACCUUUAUCUGCUUGAUGAUAAAACGGCUCCAUUAUCCUUCUCACUUGAAGAGACUGACUCUACAUACAGAUUUUCUCAGAGUGGAUGCAGUUUGUCAGAGAUCAGCUGUUCUUCUCUGGUCUCAACUCUGACGACUAACCCCUCAAGUCUGAGAGAGCUGGACCUGAGCUUCAGCGAGCUCCAGGAUUACGGAGUGAAGUUUCUGUGUGAUUACCUGCAGAGUCCAAACUGCACACUGGAGACUCUGAGAUUGAGUAGAUGCAGUUUGUCAGAUAUCAGCUGUUCUUCUCUGGCCUCAGCUCUGACUACUAACCCCUCAAGUCUGAGAGAGCUAGACCUGAGCUACAACCAUCUCCAGGAUUCAGGAGUGAAGUUUCUGUGUGAUUACCUGCAGAGUCCAAACUGCAAACUGGAGACUCUGAGAUUGAGUAGAUGCAGUUUGUCAGAGAUCAGCUGUUCUUCUCUUGCCUCUGCUCUGAUGACUAACCCCUCACAUCUGAGAGAGCUGGACCUGAGCCUCAACGAGCUCCAGGAUUCAGGAGUGAAGUUUCUGUGCGAUUACCUGCAGAGUCCAAACUGCAAACUGGAGACUCUGAGAUUGAGUAGAUGCAGUUUGUCAGAGAUCAGCUGUUCUUCUCUGGCCUCAGCUCUGACGACUGACCCCUCACAUCUGAGAGAGCUGGACCUGAGUGACAAUCAUCUCCAGGAUUCAGGAGUGAAUUUUCUGUGUGAUUACCUGCAGAGUCCAAACUGCAAACUGGAAACUCUGAGAUUGAGUGGAUGCAGUUUGUCAGAGUUCGGCUGUUCUUCUCUGGCCUCAGCUCUGAUGACUAACCCCUCACACCUGAGAGAGCUGGACCUGAGCUUCAACAAGCUCCAGGAUUCAGGAGAGAAGUGUCUGAGUGACCUUGUGGAGAGUCCAUACUGCAGACUUGAGUCUCUGAGCUUUUGGGAUGAUGACGAUAAAGUGAUCAGAGCUGAUGAUGAGAAAAAAUCUCUGAAGGCCCAACACUUCUCACUGUCAGAAGACUUCAAUGUCCAAAAGGAUGAGAAGGAAAACCUUUAUCCGCUUGAUGAUAAAACGGCUCCAUUAUCCUUCUCACCUGAAGAGACUGACUCUACAUACAGGUUCAGGUGUCCUGGUCAGGGUGUGUUCAAGUGUCUUUCCACUCGGCUGGUGUUUGCUAUGGCAAAGGAGGUGGAGCUUCAGUACAAGACUGUCCAAUGGGAUGAAGCUGUCCUCCAGUCAGCUGGCAAGAUGGCCGCUGGGCCGCUGUUUGACAUCCAGUGUCCUGAAGAAGCUGUGUGUCAGCUCCACCUCCCACACUGUGAAUCAAAGGAAGGACUGCUUGUUGAUGGAGGCUUGUCUGUUGCCCACAUCACUGAUGAUGGGAUGAGCUUUUUGGAGCCGUUGGAGAUCACAGACACUCACGUGGUUGUGAAUGUCUCUCACCUAUCCUCCUUUGGCCUGGUCUGGGAUUUUUUUAAAAGGUUUCUGGGAUAUUCCCAGCCAGUAAACGGAGCAGUCCUGCUGUUCCUCCGACCUCUGACUGUAAGCAAUAAAGUGCUCUAUGUGUUCCUGGUGCCGGAAAACAUCCACAUGAACAAGCUCUUUGAACAGCAGAGAGGGGCAGAUAAUAUCCCGACCUCUUCUGAAUGUCCUCUCAGCUUUGGUCAAAAUUACAGUGUCCACUGUGAACCUGAGGGCUUCAAAGUGCAGCCACAGCAUGCAACCUUUCGCUCAAGGUAUGGACCAAACUAUUUCCCAACAUUUGAAGUCUUCCUGGAGAACCAAGAGAAAGUGACUCUGAAAAUCCAGGACCAAGACAGGAGAGAAGUCUGGAGACGUGAUGUGUUUCUUAUAGGUUCAAGAAGAGAAACUCUGUCGAAUAUUGUUCCAGCAGAGGACAGGCUCCCAAUAGGGGACAGGGGUCCAGCAGAGGACAGGCUCCCUAUAGGGGACAGGGGUCCAGCAAAGGACAGACUCCCUAUAGGGGACAGGGUCCCAGUAGAGGACAGGCCUCCUAUAGGGGACCAGGCUCCAGCAGAGGACAGAGUCCUUACAGGGGACAGGGUUCCAGCAGAAGACAGGGUCUCUGCAGAAGAGAGACUUCUUUCAGUUAGGACAGAGUUCAUCAGAAGAGUGACAGACACUGAUCUGAACCAGCUCAUAGACAGACUCCUGCAGCACGGUGUUAUACAUGAUGAACAGAUGCAGUCCUUCCACACCAAAGUCAGAGCAGACAAAGCUCGGGAUGUGAUCGAUUCAGUGCGAGGAAAGGGAGCUGAAGCCAGCUCAGUCCUGAUUGCCUCUCUUUCUGAGGUGGAUCCAUUGCUUUGCAGAGCACUGAACUUAAGAUGAAAACAGAGAAAGAUCUGAGGGGUGUGAUGAUGUAAACAGCUGGCUGCUUUACAAUUAACCCUUUCAGUGUUGGAACCUUGAAAAUGAGAUGGAUUAUAUGAGGAUGAAAUACUCCCUCCAUCACAGUGCACUGAAUUAUUUGGCCAAGGGGCAACAUAAAGAUAAAGAAUUCACUUGGGCCUAAAAUGAAUUUUGUGGUAAACCACAGGUAAUAGUAGAGGUAGAGGAGUGAUGACCUAUGGUGACCACAAAGGCUCACUUAAAAAGAUUAGAAUAAAAUCAGAUAAGUGUAGUGUCCCUGAUGCCCACCCAGUUUCUAAGAGGUUCAACUAAAACAGUAGGAAAAUCAGUAUCAAAGGCUGCACUAAGAUCUCAAAGAAUUAAAAUCUUGGGGCCGUCUCAGCGCUGUGACCUGCUCUAAAACCACACUGGAAUUUCUCAAAGAGGUUGUGAUUAGACAUAAGAGAUUAAAGCUGUGUUAAAACCACCUUUUCUACAACUCUGGAUACAAAUGGAAGUUUUAAAAUUAAUUUAAAAAAUCAAAGAGGGGUCAAGGGUAGUUUUCUUUAAAAGAGGUUGGACCACAGCAUUUUAACAGAGGGAAUUUCUCCUUAAGUCAAAGAACUGUUGAUUAUUGAUAAAAUAUGGGGACCCACAGUUUGCCCAUCAUUGGUCUCUUGCAGACUCAAACCUGUUGGCUUGAUUGGUGUGAAUGUGUGCUUCAGCUCUGAGACUUCCUGUGGAGGGUCGGCGAUAGGGGUGAGCGGUAUAUGCGGUAGACGGCAUAAAUGACAUAAAUUUGGCCUACGGUAGAGAUUUGGACUCUACCGACCAAUCACAAUAACACUUGUUAAUGACGUCAUCGUACCUGCCUGUGAGUUAGCAGGCAAAAACGUGUUUUUUCCUCUCAAAGUCUGAUGGCUGUACUGCAACUAAGUCAGUGUGCUAUCUCUGUCAGACUGCAUGGGGCUAGUGCAGGCACUUAGCUUGUGUGCCAAGCACACAAAAUAAGUGCUGCUUUGGCUGGUCGCAGAGACCAGUGCUGCAGCGCUCCCUCUUACACAACGGCAUAAACAACCGUUUAAGUCUAUUUUAACUUAUGACUUUCUUUUCUAAGUCCACAGUGAGUCAAAUAUCCAGGCAAUGGUCAGAAAAGCUGCUGUAAACUAUCCGUAUUCUCCAAACAGCAGCCAGAGCUAAGCUAUCUCAAUGCUAAACACAAUACUUCCGUCAAGCUCUUCACAAUAAAAGUCUGCGGCUGUUAUUUUUCUGAAACGCUUUUAUUGUGAACGCCUUCAGUAGGAAACGUGUUCAAGUCAUUAGCAGCUUAACACACCUCUUCAGGAUUGAAAUGAAAUGUGAAACUUGGAGAGCAGUUAGAAGUAAACCCAGAGAGACUUAAAAAAAAAAAAAAAACAUGUUUACUGUGUUCCUAUACUUAGAGAUAAAUUGAGUAUGCCAUCAAAGGUUUUAAGGGAAUAAGGGGGUUAAUAACUCUUGAAUUUGGAUUUAAAAGCAUUAUCUAUUUAUAAUUUUGUAAUACCAUGAUAUAAUACCGUAUUGUCAAAGGCAAGAAAAAUACCAUGAUAUGAUUUUUAGGCCAUAUCGCCCAGGCCUAGUUGGCUAUAACUUGUAUUGGCGAGUGUUAAAACCAGUUAAGGAUUGUAGCUACUCUUGGUGGAAAGGAAAGUGUGGUGUUUAUUUUGUAUUGUGUGUCUUAUUUUGAUGAACUUCCGGUUUCCGGAGCUGGUUGCUGGCUGCUAACUUUCCUUUGCUUCUCCUGAGGCUGUCGCCCCCCCCCCCCGUGCUGUGGAGAGUCACACCUGCAGCGAAUCGCUAAUUGACGCGCACUACUUAAGACCGGCUGCAGCUCUCUACAGCGCCUGAGUCUUGUCUACCUUACCACACGUGCCUCCUGCUCCGAUCACCACAGCCAGCUCCAGCACACUCUCACUCCCUCCUGGACUCUUGGAAUCCCCUUCCCCUCUUCACUUACCUGCACAAUAAACUGUUUAAAACCGCUUCCGUCUCCGCACCUGAGUCCAACCACUACACAACCUCACAGAAAGCCCUCUCCUAGUAAGGGUUAAAUAGAAGCCAACAGGCACCACCCAAAAACAAGAAAGUUUCUGGUCCAAAGAUGUACAAGUCUAUGUGAGCCUGACUGGUAUUUUAUUCGCUGACGGCAGCGACAGCUGAUCAAAAAAGAAAAAGGAAAAAUAAAACAGAUUCUAUGGUCCGAGAUGAAGUACAAAAUUAGCCUCAGAGACUAUCCUCUGUGGUUUCAACUCAUGAGGGAUUUUUGAUCAUAUAUUUGACAUCUUUAACUUGUUUUUCCAUUCAAUCAUUUUCCUUUUUUGUUACCUCUAUACUCAUGUUGAACCAAUAUGUUUGCUUUUGCCUUUGAAUUUAUUUCCCCAUGAUUUAUCACCCAUGUCAUUGUUUAGAAUUUUAAUCUACUUUUGCUGUAGAUCAAUUUACUUUUACAUGUAAUCUGUUUAGUCUGUUAAGUCUCUCAACCUGAUUAUCAAUCUGGCUGUUUGAGUGUUUUGAUACGUUUUUAAAUAAAA